UUUACUCAGCGCCCACCAACGCAGCGCAUAAGUGUUCUGGUUUACAAACGUUUUAUUCUGCAAAACAUAUUAUUUGAGUGUAUAUAAAAUUAUUAAUACUGGCGAGACACCAUGGCUUCAUAAUAUAAGACGAAAUUUGCCUUAUUUCUGCACAGCUGGAUCUUGAAUCAUGGCGGAAGUGGAGGUGCAGGGCAGAAAACCAAGCGAAGAGUCAACAGAUGACUCUGAGGAGGAGGACUCGGAGGAGGAACCUAAACUGAAGUAUGAGCGCCUGACCAAUGGAGUGACAGAGAUCUUGCAGAAGGAUGCGUCCAGCUGCAUGACAGUGCAUGACAAGUUCCUGGCUCUUGGGACACACUUCGGAAAGGUUUACCUCCUGGAUAUCCAAGGAAAUGUUACACAGAAGUUUGAAAUUAGUCCAGUGAAGAUAAAUCAGAUCAGUUUAGAUGAGAGUGGUGAACAUGUUGGCAUCUGCUCUGAGGAUGGAAAGGUGCAAGUGUUUGGCCUGUACACCAGGGAGGGCUUCCAUGAAAACUUUGACUGCCCCAUCAAGGUUGUGGCACUACACCCUCAGUUCAGCAAAUCCAACAAUAAACAAUUUGUGACUGGAGGAAAUAAGCUGUUUCUUUAUGAGAGGAACUGGCUGAACCGUUGGAAGACCUCUGUUCUUCAUAAAGGAGAAGGCAACAUUACCAAUGUAAAAUGGAGAGCCAACCUCAUCGCCUGGGCAAACAAUGUGGGGGUGAAAAUCUAUGACAUCAGCAGUAAACAGCGCAUCACUAACGUGUUACGGGACAAUACCAGUCUGAGGCCGGAUAUGUACCCCUGUAGUCUGUGCUGGAAAGACAACACCACACUGAUCAUUGGCUGGGGCUCUUCUGUCAAGAUAUGUGUUGUUAAAGAGCGUGACCCAACGGAGAUGAGAGACCUACCCGGUCGCUACGUUGAGAUCGUUUCAGCAUUUGAGACAGAGUUCUUCAUCAGUGGACUGGCUCCUCUGGCAGAUCAGCUGGUCACACUGUAUUAUGUCAAAGAGAACUCGGAACACUUGGAGGAGGAGUUCCGAACACGGCCUCGUUUAGACAUUAUCCAGCCAUUACCAGAGGGCUGUGAGGAGAUCUCGUCAGAUGCUCUCACUGUACGCAACUUCCAGGAGAACCAGUGCAGGGACUACGGGCUCGAACACUCAGAAGGAGAAUCUCUGUUCUACAUCAUCAGUCCUAAAGACAUCGUAGUGGCUAAAGAAAGAGACCAAGAUGACCACAUCGACUGGCUCCUGGAGAAGAAGAAAUAUGAGGAGGCACUGAUGGCUGCAGAAAUCAGCUUCAAAAAUAUUAAACGACAUGACGUUCAGAAAAUUGGAAUGGCUUACCUUAAUCAUUUAGUGGAGAGGGGAGAUUAUGAUACAGCUGCCAGAAAGUGCCAAAAAGUGCUAGGAAAGAACAUGGAUCUCUGGGAGAAUGAGGUGUACAGGUUCAAAACCAUUGGACAGUUAAAGGCCAUCAGUCAGUACCUGCCAAGAGGAGACCUGCGCCUGCGGCCAGCCAUUUAUGAGAUGAUCCUACAUGACUUCCUCAAGACUGACUAUGAGGGCUUUGCCACGUUGAUUCGUGAGUGGCCGGGUGAGCUCUAUAAUAACAUGGCUGUAGUUCAGGCAGUGAAUGAACAACUAAAGAAGGACCCCAACAAUAGUAUACUCCUCACAACACUGGCUGAGCUGUACACUUAUGACCAGCGUUAUGACCGCGCUCUGGAAAUCUACCUGAGAUUGAGACACAAAGACGUUUACCAACUCAUUCACAAACACAACCUCUUCUCCUCCAUCAAUGACAAGAUCGUGCUGCUCAUGGAUUUUGACAAAGAGAAAGCUGUUGAUAUGCUGCUGGAUAAUGAAGAUAAAAUAUCGAUGAACAAAAUAGUGGAGGAAUUGAAAGACAGACCUGAGCUGUUACAUGUGUAUUUACACAAACUGUUUAAGCGAGACCACCAUAAGGGGCAGAAGUACCACGAAAGGCAGAUCAGUUUGUAUGCAGAGUUUGACCGACCCAACCUGCUACCCUUCCUCAGAGAGAGCAUGCACUGCCCGCUUGAAAAGGCUCUGGAGAUCUGUCAGCAGAGGCACUUUGUAGAAGAGACAGUUUUUCUGCUCAGUCGCAUGGGAAACUGCAGACAGGCCCUACAGAUGAUCAUGGAGGAGCUAGCGGAUGUGGACAAGGCCAUCGAGUUUGCCAAAGAGCAGGAUGACAGAGAACUCUGGGAGGAUCUCAUUUCAUACUCUAUUGACAAACCACCGUUUAUCACAGGCCUCUUGAAUAACAUUGGGACCCAUGUGGACCCCAUUCUACUCAUUCACCGGAUUAAAGAAGGGAUGGAGAUUCCUAACCUCAGAGACUCACUGGUCAAGAUCCUGCAAGACUACAAUCUACAAAUAUUACUGAGAGAGGGCUGUAAGAAGAUCCUGGUGGCAGACUCACUAUCUCUACUGCAGAGGAUGCACAGGACACAAAAUAGAGGAGUGCGGGUGGAUGAGGAAAACAUCUGUGAAUCUUGUCACACUCCCAUUUUACCUUCAGACACAGCCCAGGUAUUCAGUGUGGUGGUGUUUCACUGCAGACACAUGCUUCACAAGGAUUGUCUGCCGUCCCCAGGAACCGUCCCAGGACUACAGUAUUGUAACAUCUGCAGCGCAAAGCGGAGAGGGCCAGGCAGUGGCAUACUUGAGAUGAAGCAAUAAUAUUUGCUCCUCAUUCUGUUUACAUUUAUACACGCAACUACCACUUUCUCAUUAGAGGCUAUUAAAAAAUGAAAUAAUAUGCAUAUUGAUUACAUUGUAUUUAUUAAUGCAAGCUUCUGUUGCUCUUCACACUAAAUGGUUUGAAAGAAAUUGCCAACGCAUGAGACAUUUUUGAAAAAUAAUGCAACCAAAUUCCACCAAUUUCUGAUGGCUUUUUCUUGGGUAUGAAUAUGAUAAAUUGUUUAAAAAUGCCUUUCCCUACAGCUACUAAUUAAAUGUGAAAAAGCUGGGGUUUUGAUUACUCUGUGUUUUCCAUUAAUUACCUAGACUGUGACAGCCUGGAUUUUUGAAGGGGCAAGAGAAAGAUAAUUUUACUGACCGGACAAACAGACUGAUUUUGUCAAUAAACAAAAAAAAUUAAAUAAAUAAAUAACCAUAUAGAUUUGUGAUAGCCUAGGCCUGUGUUACUUAUUAAAAAGUGAUCUAGUAACAGUUUGAUGGACAGGCGGUGUAUGUGUGCUGAACAUGCGCGUUACGAAAAAUGCUCACGCUCAUGAGCACCUGAACGGUCAAAUACAUUUCAAAAUUCCACCGAAAUACCUGUUUUUGUGAGAUAUUCAUGUAAAUGCAGGGAGAGAUGCCAAAAGUGAACAUAAACAGUGUAGAGAAAAGUGGAUUUAUUCUAAAAUGUAAGUAUAGAUGUAAGCCGUUAGUCCUGCUGCCGUCUAAUGUGUUAUUGUAAUAAUCAAACAAACAACAAAAAAACACUCACUGCCCUCGAAUGGGUAACUUUAGUAGCUUUAAGGGAUUCAUGUAUUAUAAUCAUACAGUGAAGACCAGUAGUUGUUUUAUGUUGCAUUUCAUUCUGAAUGUUAACUUGAAUACUUGAUAGUCUACUGCUGAAUUUUCUUCAUUUGUAUUUUUUCUAUUCAUUGCUGUUUUUUAUUGUUAUUUUAUUUCUGACUGUUCUUGAAUAAUUACUAAGAAUUUGAAACCAUUCUUCCAUAAUUAAUAUAUUAGUGUAAUUCUUUGUUGUGGUUUUGAAGCUGGUAAUGAGAAUUAUAAAAUUUCACUACCGACUAUUGACAUUUUGGUAUUGUGAUAAUGUAUAGCCUUUAUUGUACAUGGUAGAUCUUGCUGCAAUAACAUGAUGAAAAAUUAGAUCUCAUUCCAUAGAAGUGUGAACAUCCCUGCUGUUAAUGGUGAUGGAGGCUUUUCUUUAUUUGACUACCAUACAUAACAUAAAAUAAUUAUCAUAUGACAAUGGCCUCCUCUAGCCAGUCCAGAGAAUUGAGUUGAUUGCAUAGGUGCACUAUUAGGUUGGGCAUCGGUCAUGUCAAAGUUUAUGCAGUAUAUGUUUCUAAAAUUAUGUUACUUGAACAUGUAACUUAAAUGUCCUUUUUUCUCUCCAGACAAGUAACUUUUACUCUGACAAGCUGAUGACCAAUUUAAUUGCCCUGAGGACAAACACAGGACAAUGCUUAAUGUUGAGCCCUGGCUCAAAUGUUUGCUUUAGUCGAUUUUGUGUUUGGACCGAUUGUGAACUGUGUUAAACCCUGUCUUGUUUACCAUGCUUUGUGGGAUUGACUUUUUUCAUCACAAUUUAUGACUCAAUUACUUCUUGGGCACCAAAUUGUUUUGUUUAUAUGAGCACAAAGUUCUUCAUAGAUCUAGCCUCUUAAUUUUGCUCUCAAAGUGCACCAGACUGAAGCAUUUAACUUUAAUAUGUACAACAUUUUCUAACUGGGGACCCCUAGAGGUUCUGAGGUCCACCCACCAUAGUCUCACAAAAUCCUAUGAGAAACACUGUUAAUUGUCUUUUUUAUAUAUAUAAAGUACUGUGCAAAAGUCUUGGGCACAUAAGAUGUUUCACAAAAAUAUUUGUCUAAAGAUGGUUAUAUCUUCAAUCAUAUAUCGUCAUUUAUAUGCUUUAGUGUGUCAAUAGUAAAUAUAAAUUUUAGACUCCCAAACAUUCCCUUUGCAAAAAGAAAAUAUUAGAAUAGAUGAACAGGGAGUCCUGCAAUAGAUGUCUUAACCCCCAUACAGCCCCCCACUGAACAUCGUGUCAGUCUGAGAUUAAAUAUAGACACAGAAGCAAUUGAGAAGAACUGUGACAAAUUCUCCAAGAAGUUUGGAACAUCCUAUCUGCCAAAAACCAAGAAAAACUGUGUCCAGGUGUACCUAGAAUUAUUGCUGUUUUGGAAGCAACAGUUCACAUCGAAUAUUGAUUUAGCUUUUUUUUUUCUUUUUCUGUAUACUUGUAUGAUAU